ACGGUCAUAUUGCAACAACUCGAUGCUUUUACGUCGCAUUUUUCCAAGGCUGCUCUAGUUUUCCAGCCUGCGCUCUACAUCCUGUUAGAAAAGUGCGGUAGGGGGACUGCGGCCAUGCCACCUCACCAUUUGGUUUGUCCACCCAGAGAGCCAUGAAGAAAGCUACUAUUAUCUUGUUUGUUGGGGUUGCCUUGGCGGCACUGUGCUCCUUCUCCUCCGCUCAUCCGGCGCCGGAACCAGAACCAGAGCCUGAACCAGUAAAGGUGAAAUCAGGCCCGAAAAAUCAGGUCGACGACACCAAGAAAACCAAUGACGCCACGAAAACCGAUGACACCCAGAAAACCCCUGAAAAACCUGCUGCCGACGUAAAAAACCCAGAGGAAACAAAGAAAGAUGCUUCAAAAAAAGAUGUCAAGAAACCCAAGAAGAAAAAUGAGAAGCCUCAACUAAAAAAAUCAGCGAAUAAAGCCAUCAUGGUAGUAAAGCAACAAGUUCCUUGAUGUGUUUAUUUGAAACAGAAUAAAAAAAUCGCGCGUUCAAGUGCGAAAUCUCUGAAA